CAUGCAAGCAGUCCUUACUGACGUCACCCCAGCUCCCACAGCGAUGCCGGUAAUGAUGGAAAAGUCGGGUUCAGCAGGAAUCCUGUCCCGUGGUACCAGGAUGAAAAGUAUUAACAAUGGAAGCAACAAUGGGAACCAGCACCCACGGCACUCUGAGGAGGAGAGCAGCGAUGAGGAACGCUCACAUGGAACUAUGUCUGCUGUUUCCAUUGAGUGGAAAAAACGGGAUCAGCACAGCCUGCAUGACAGUAUGAUCCGGGUUGGAUCCGAUUACCAGGCUGUUGUUCCAGAAUGUCAUCCAGACAGUGCUUCCCGUUUCAGUGAGAAGGAUACAAAAGGCAUGUUGGUAUGGUCUCCCAACCACAACAUUUCUGAUGCAAAACUUGACGAAUAUAUCGCCAUGGCCAAGGAGAAGCAUGGGUACAACAUAGAACAGGCACUGGGAAUGCUCUUGUGGCAUAAGCAUGAUGUCGAUAAAUCGCUCGCUGACUUGGCCAAUUUCACUCCUUUCCCGGAUGAAUGGACUGUGGAAGAUAAAGUGCUGUUUGAACAGGCCUUUAGUUUCCAUGGGAAGAGCUUCCAGCGCAUCCAGCAAAUGUUACCAGACAAACUCAUCUCCAGCCUGGUGAAAUACUACUACUCCUGGAAGAAGACCCGAACUCGAACAAGUGUGAUGGAUCGACAAGCUCGCAAGCUGGUGCACAAGAAGGAGCGGGAAGACAGUAAUGAUGAGGCAGAAGAAGUGACAGUGCAGAUUGCAGACGACAGUGAUUAUGAGCCUGAUGUCAAGAGGGAGCGCUCCGGGGAACAGAAACCCACAAAUGGCAAAUCAGUGUCAGUGAAGAGAGAGUCGCAGAGCAUCCAGUAUCGCCAUCAUCCGCCACGCUCAAAGAGACGGCCACCUAAGGAUAUGUACCUCAGCCAAGAUGAGGUUGCUGGAGUCUCUGCUAACCCCAAUGCUGCCACCAUCUCUCUUCGACAGUUGGACUCACAGCUCAUCUCCAUCAAGCGUCAGGUUCAGACAAUAAAACAGAUAAACAGCUCAUUAAAGCAAACACUGGAUGGGGGGAUCGAUAAACUGCGACCACCAGAGUCCAAUUUGAAGCUCAACUCUCGCUGGACGACCGAGGAGCAGCUCCUGGCUGUUCAAGGAAUUCGUAAAUAUGGGCGGAAUUUCCAGGCCAUUGCAGAAGUGAUCGGGAACAAGACACUGACCCAGGUGAAGACCUUCUUUAUCAGUUACCGUCGCCGUUUCAACCUGGAGGAGAUUCUGCAGGAAUGGGAGGCAGAGCAGGAGGUGCAGGGCAAUGCUGGCACUCUGUCGGGACUGGACGAUGGUGGUGCCUGCAACCCAUCACUAGCUAGCAGCGAAGAGGAGGCAGAAGAGGAGGCCGAGGUCCAAGUGACGCCCGUGCUUGCUGCCCCAGCUCCGCCCACUCCGACCCCUGCUGCCGCCCCAGUGACCCCAGCGACCCUCUCACAGCCUCCGCCGCUGCUCAGACCGAGCCUGCCUGCAGCCCCUGCCCUCCACAGGCAGCCACCUCCCCUACAGCAGGGCCGCUUCCUCCUGUCCCGGCCUCCACUCAACCAACCACCUCCUCCACUGAUCCGGCCUGCAGUUGCACUGCCCCCAGGAGCUCGACAGAACCCACGGCCCAUCCUGUCUUCGGUUAGCUCGCAGCACCUCCCCUCCCUCAUCGGUAUCCAGCUUGAAUCACCAUCAUCCUCUGCACACUGAGUUCCACCCAAGACCACAAGCAUCGUAACUACGAUCGACCAUGGCCCUGGGUGUCACAGCUGUGAUCAACAAAGAUGCAAGCAUCUUAGCUACGAUCAACAAAGACUGUAAGCAUCGUACCUACAACCAGUGAAGUCAUAAACAUUGUAGAUGAGAUCAACUAACUUAAAGAGCAUUGUAGCUGCAAUCAGUGAAAACCAGGACUGCAAGCAUCGUAGCUACAAUCAACAACAAAACAGAGUUUUAAGGCUUUUUUUUGUUCAUUAAUUUCAAAGCUUUAGUUUUUAAAAAGAAAAGUAAGGUUUUAACUUUCUGGUGCUUUGUCAACAUUUGGGAGAUCUGACCUCCCGAAUCUGUAACACUACAAAGCAGUGAUCUGCUUACCUCUAUUCACCCUGAGAAGGAUUAAAUCAAGAUCACCUUGUAUUUUGGGAAUGUGUGUGUGGGGGUCAGUCCUGGUUCCCAGGAGGUGAGAAGGGGAUCAGUUCUUGAACCCCAGGACGGGAAAGGGGAAAUCAGUCUGAAGCCUGGGAUGGGAGAAGAAAGUGAAUCCUGGACCCAAGGAUUGGAGAUAGAGGUCAGUCCUGGAUCCCAGCAUCAGAGGUAGAGGGGUUCACUCAUCACCUUAGUGGAAGAGAGGAGCAAGUGGAUCUCAGGAGGAGACAGAUAUAUUUGGGGGUGGGAAGAGAAGAAUGUCUGUCCUGGACGAGACCCUGGAGAUGAGAGAGAAGUCAGUCCUGGAUCUUGGGAUGGUUUGGGGGAAAGGGGGUCAGUCUAAUUGGCCAUUUUCAGUUCUAUAUUAACUGGAGCCGACCCAGAAGUGUUUAUUGUCCAAUUAAAUAGGAUUGUCUUUGAGACUCCCAGUGGACAUUAUCAAGUGGACAUUAUUCUGGUCCCUCCAGUCCCUUCUCUCCUGUUCCCACUCUGUUCACUUGCUGUUUUGAAUCUUCCGUAUCCUUCCGGUUCUUGGAUGGCUAGAAGAUUUCUAGAAUGCUGUCCUUGUCUGCUUGAGGGAGAAGCUGUCUGUCCAUCCUUUAGGACCAGGUGGCUGAAGAUGAUGGAAUAACUAAAAGUGAAGACUAAUAUUUCCUUUGUGAAACCUGAAAAGGGACCUUAUGUUGAUUGACUGAGUCUUGGGUGGUGAGGAAGAGUGUUGGUGAGUUAAUAAGCAGAUAGCUGAAGGAUGGGUGGGUAAGGGGAGACACAGUCUGUAUUCCACAUGACUGCAGUACUUGAACAAUGUUGGAGUGUUCUUCAUUCGUAUACAUGAUAGCCAAAAGCAAGAUGUAAGAGUGUGUUGCUGUCCUUAAGUGGCACUCCUAUUGCUGCAGCAUCAUCUAACUGCAGCCUUGAGACUGAGCCCUGCUCCAUUGGUUCAGAAUGACCUAAGAAGAGUUGAGGUCCUGAUCACCGUUUAUUUUACUUGAUUUCUUUUAAAAUAUGAAUUAGUGUUAAAAACAUAAACUGAGCUUUUCUCUUGUAUGGACAAAAUCUCAGUGUGAGAACAUUAGUCAAUGGGGAGGAAGGUUGGUGAAUGUGACAGAUAUUGAUUGGAGAGGUGUGAUGAGAUCAGAGAUCUUAGAGAGUCCAUGGGAUGAAGGUUUACUUGAGCAAUGUUGAGUUUUCCUACAAUUCUGACUCUCAGAAGAAUCCAUUCCAGCCCAUCAUGUCAAAAGCUCUUUUAAAAAAUGUAUCUCAAUUUUUCCACUUUCCCUUCAGUUUCCCCACAGCCUUGCAAGCAUUUCCCUUCCACCUUUUUAUUGCAUUUAGGUGGCACGGUGGCACAGUCCAAAUACGUACAGGUUAAGUGGAUUGGCCAUGCUAAAUUGUCCAUCGUGUCCAGGGAUGUGCAGACUGGGUGGAUUAGCCAUAGGACAUGCAGGGUUACAGGGACAGGGUUUGGGGAGGGGUGUUCUGGGUGGAUGCUGUUCGGAGGGUUGGUGUGGACUCGAUGGGUCGAAUGGCCUGCUUCCACACUGUAGGUAUUCCAUCAAAUCUAUGAAUUUAUUUUGACAUUUCUUGUUGAAUCUGCCUCCACUGCCCUUGCAGGAUGCACAUUGUAGAUCGUAACAACUUGCUGUGUCACAAAAUUCCUCAUCGCCUCUCUAGUUCUUUUCAAAUCUGUGUACCUCUGGCUUCUGACUGUUCCUGUCACUGGGAAUCAUUUCUUUUUAUUCUUGUUGAAGUUGUUUAAUUUUGUAUUGCACCAAAGAAGUGAAGGCUGAGAGAUUCUCUCCUCCUCCAUCUCUUUGUCUCAUGUCAUUGCAAGAAUUGCUUUAUUUUCCUGAUCUCAGCUACUCUGAAUAACUUUAAGAUGAGAAAACUGUUCUCCAGAAGUAUUACCUAUCCAGCUACCACCUUGCUAGCUUGAGCUAAGAGUGGUGACUGCUCCCUGAGCUACUCAUCCUCAGCUACACUCAAGGCACUUAUCAGGGAAGAGGGCAUAAUGGUCACAUCACUUUCUUCCUCUCUGAUGGUCACCAAUCUUCUCGCCUUAUUCCCUCCUGCAUCCCUGUCUCCCUCCUCAGCCACUCCACAGCCAUAGCACCCAGCUACAACUCGGAGUAACCAUUUCCAGUGUGGGUCCUAUACUUUCCAUUAAUUUAGAAGGAGCUUUGAUUGCUGUAGCAAUUGUCAUCACCUCGGAAACUCCCAUCACAAGUGCUUUCCAGCCAAUGAAGUGUAGUUACUGCUGUAAUGUAAACAGGGGGCGUUUUACACAUGGUGGUGAGAUAAAUGAGCAGAUAUGGUUUUUCAAUUAAGAGAGGGGUCAGUGUUCACUGACCUCAGGAAGGGUUUACACUCACAGCUGUUCUGACCUUGCUUCAGUGCAGUGUAUCCUCUCAAAAGCCUUGCAGAUGCUUUUCGAUUUUGCUGGGAUGCUAACCUGACCCCUGAAGAGCUGCCCCUCCCAGCACCACACCGCCACCACCACCACUACCACGAAUCCAAAACUAGGAGUCAACUAGAACUAUUGGAUAAUGUGUUUAAUAUCAACUUGGAGCUGAUGUGCAGGUUUUAAGAUCUGGUUUAUGGUGUUAGCAAAUCCCAAUGACACAGUGGCAGCAGCACCUGGUUGUGUCAGCUCACUUUGAGCUCCCUAUCUCCAGAGUACUGAUAUGUAUGAGGGUAAUUUCAUUAAUUGUUUCAAAUAUGUUAGCUUUUAUUACAGAUGACCAGCCAGAGUCACUAGGCAGUAGGCCAAGGGUCUGUCUGUUCGUUUGCAGGAACCCAAAUGCUGCUUGUCUCAGAUCACCUGUACAUAAACAGGUUACAGCAUCUGAGGCCUGGAGCUGUGACUUUACCUAUUGGUGGCCUACGGCAAUCGACUGUGCUCAUUUUGCUGUGUCAGGGUCACUCCACAGCACUUGUUUCAUGUCUCUGCUCCGAGUGAACGGAUUUGCAGGAAAGGGAGUAGGGACAAGCACCAUGUAUUAUUUCCUGCAAAACUAUGUCGUAUAUGAGACAAAAUGUCCAGCAUGCACCAAGACUGAAUGGAAACCAUUGAGUUCCUUGAAGGAAUCUCUUGUGAAGGUUAAAUGUAUAAUGAUUUGGUUCUGGAGCUUUUGGAAAUUUAGUGAGGUUGUGGAUAGACACUUUCUCUUGCUGUUAUUCAUCCAGAAUUCCGUUGCGACCUUGUGUGUUCUGGGGUUAGGAUGGUGGUGCUACUGAAACUUUCUUCUUCCUCCACAAAUGUGAGUGUUCUACAGACUGAUGCUGGUUCCCUCAUGGUGACUUCCCAUUGUGAUUUGGCUAUUUUGAAAUUAGAGCAUCCUUUACCAUUACAGCCACAAAUCUUCUUUGGAUUCACAGGUUUACAAAUCUGAUUCUGACGUAAGGUGUUCCUGUGUUAGUCAAUUCUGUAAGCAAUCGGAUUGCCUUUUUUAAAUGUUGUCUUUAUUAUCAGAUUGGGGUGUAUAAUAAUGACAUCACUUUUAUGCAGAUUGGUGUCUGUCUUUUACACAUACCCUUUUGUCUAUUACCACAAUAAGUUCACACAGAGUUAAUAAGACUUCUUGGAGUCACUUAUCUUCUUUAUUUAAUAGGUGAAUGUAGGAGGUAAUGCCGAUUAUCAGAUUUGCUUGGUUCAGUCAAUACAACUUGGCUGUGUAUGAUUAUAAAGAAAGCAUGCCAGCCCACUUUGAUGCCUUAGUGAAAUAGAGCAACUACACUUCAUUUGACAGUCCAAAGUAGGAUCCUGUCUUGUGGGUUCCUAUCUCUGUUAUUUACCUGACUCCCUAUUUCCCCCACACUUCUUGUCUCUCAUCUCGAAAGCCAGUCUUUUUCCAACCGUUCUGCCACCCUGUAGAUGGUAAAGAGCAGCAAUUUGGGUUUUUCUGCACUUACUGAAAGAUGUUCUCUGAUUUUCUGAAUAAGCUAAUGAAUUACCUGCUGAGUUAGAUUAAUGCUUAGCAUUUUAACCAGAUUCUUUGUGGGGAAAACUGGUCAAAAAAUUGUGAUAAAUAUGCCAUGUGAAUGAGAGAUGGACUGGAGUUAAAACAUUUGCUGUUACCUUUUUCCUCGGCCCCAUUUUGAGCCUUGCAGAACUUGGCAGUGUAGCAAUAUUGUCGCUAAUACAAAUACCUCAAUGGCCAGUACUCCAGGGAACCAGCAUGAGGGAAAUCAACAUUUUAAUGUUGCAUUCGUAUAGAUUUCAAAAUUGAAUGUGUGUGAAAUAGCUGAACUGCAAAACCAUUAAUGGACAGCUCUCACACUUUGUACCCUAGACUAGCAGGAUUCUGUCAAUUAAAUACCUACUAGAACUUUUUUAGGUAUAUGUUUUUCUGGGAUGGCCGCUCUCAGACCUCAGUCAGUGCUCGUGUCUGCUGUGGACAACUGUUUCAGUAUUAGCUACCUGUAUGUUCUGUUGUGUUUUUAUGAAGAGUAUUUGUUUUUGUGUGUGUGCGCGCGCGCGCGCGCGUGUGUAUGUGUGUAUGUGUGUGUGCGCGUACCCGCGCAUGCAUAUUUUUAAAAUAUCAUUUGACAAUUUCUUAACUUAUUUUUGGUGUUUUACAAAAAAGUUUUUUUUUUUUUAGUGAGUUUGGUAUACUUCUUCCCUGCGGAGUCAGUUCAGAAUUUCCAAGUGUUCAGCAAUGGAAAUUAUGAAUUAUGGGAUUUCAAUAAAAUAUUUUACUAGUCACUGACUUA